UUAUUUUCUAAAUUUUCAGUAUUGAGCCAUUGCAACGUUCGUGGAUGUGAGGCGUAUUGUGGCGAUUCUGUUCAUAUUUUGUUACACGAACAAUGCGGCGCUGUUCAAAUCGGAGGAGUGAGUCUUAGAUCGUUACGCAACAAUAUCGAUGGCACUUUCGAUCUUUCUGAACUGCGGUCGAAGCUGCGCCAUGACGUAAAUUACGAGCCCAUUUCAAAGCUGGUAAUUGUGGAAAAUACAAUUAAUGGAAAAAUUGUUCCCCUAAGCUGGCUUAAGGAAUUAGUAUCUCUGUGCAAAGAACAUAACUUGAAGUUGCACAUGGACGGAGCCAGGCUAUGGAAUGCAAGCGUGGGAUCAAGAAUAUCUGCAAAAGAAAUUGUUUCGGGCUUCGAUUCAGUAACAUUCUGUGUCAGCAAAGGUCUAGGUGCUCCUGUAGGUUCUCUUCUGUGUGGAACUAAAGACUUUAUCACUAGUGCAAGAAGAAUCAGGAAAGUACUUGGUGGGGACAUGAGACAAGUUGGUAUUCUUGCUGCAGCUGGGCUUGUAGCUCUUGAAAAUAUCCCCAAAUUAGUUCAUGACCAUAGAAGGGCUUACGCUUUUGCAUCUGCGCUAAAUGAAAUCCAGUCGUCUAUAUUUUCGAUUGAUUUGAGUACUGUACAUACAAAUAUUGUUUUCCUCAACAUCGAAUCUGAUACUAUUGACGCAACGAAGUUCAUUCAUUGUUUGCUAGAAUUUGAUGAUGCCGAGAACGAACACGUUGUCGUUAAGUGUUUGGGAUUGUCCGAUUCACUUAUCAGGUUUGUAUUUUCUUUCGAAAUUACAGACGAUGAUUUGAUGUUAGCUAUUAAAAAGGUUACGUCCGUUAUUAAAAAGUUAGACCCUAAAUUCUAAUCAUUGUAGUCAAGGGUGCCUAAUUGUUAUCUAAAAUAUAUUUAUCGGGAUACGCAUAA